GUGCAACAUCUAGAGAUGUCAUGGUUCUAAAGCAAAGAAUAGCUGGGCACUAAUCAGGUUGCCGCUUGAUCGGUCCGUACAACCACCAUUCCACUUUCGUCCACUCUCACACGCACAAUUCGUGGUGCAUAAGCAGCUGGAGCCGGGAUGUCUGCGGGCGCUGAAACCUCUACACAUCCUCAACGCCGAGUCCGCCAUUUGACAUCAAUCCAAGUCCGCAACCUCACCGCAUUUCCCGUCCGUGAUGCAUUUGCAUCUGCCCUCUCCCAACCCGCGGACAAGAAUGGGACUGGGCCCUCGGGAUAUGUCGCAGACGAUCUAGAUGUCACGUUGGCACGCAGGCGAACUCGGCGGAUCUCAAUGAACUCUAUCGGGACUGUCAAGUCGGAUGAAAGUGGCGGAGACGAGGGGAGCAUCAGUGAAUCGAGGGGGAGGAGGUCAGCAGGAUCCAGGAUGAGUUUUCAUGGGGGAGGGAGCGUAGGGCCGAGUAGUGUGGGGUCGCGAUUACACAACGCAGCGUCGGCCGCACCGACGAUCCGCGGGCACCGGCCCCGAACAACGUCGAUGACCUCCUCAUUGCAUUCAUUUGGUGUUUCAAAUUCUGGCGGAAGCUCGGCCUUUCCCAGAGCGCUUCCGGACCACUCGCAGAUUGGGCUAGAGAAGAUAUUGAAGGCGCGACUAUUCGAGACAUUCAUUGCAGUUUCAGUCGACGUGCCUCCAGAGCCCGAAGCCGCUGACCCUGUAUCGGUCCCGUUACCCCAAUCCACACCUGCUUCGCCCUUGCUCCCCAGCACCGCGCCGACUUCCCCUCGUAGCCCCAACACUCCGAACACCUUCCCUCGCAAGGGUACAAAGCCGUCUCCCCUAAUUCCUUCGGACAAGCCGUCAUCAAACGGCAAUGCCCGUCGGGAUACAUCUACCCCAGCUUCUCCCGUUUCCCCGAACCGACACUCCAAAUCCGCAUCCGUCUCCGUCCUUCGACCCAAUGGCAAAGCUGCUGCUGCUGCCGGUGGGCUUUCUGCGCGCAAAACUCUCCCAUCCCAAGCCCCUGCGCCCCCGGCUCGUGUCAAGACACCAGAGCCAGCCUCACCCGACUUCAUAUCCCCUGUGCACCGGCCCUCGACCAAUCCAUUGUUCAAUGUUGAUGCGAAAUCGUGGACCUCGCCCAGUGGGCAGAAACUCAAGGUCGAGCUCUGGGGCAAAGUCAAGGAGGACUGGAAGCGCAAUGAUUCUGUGUCGGUGAAAGGGAAAGAAAGGCAAUGGCAGGAGCAGGACGAGGAAGAUCACUGGAGAGUUUUGGAGCAGUGGGCCGUGGAUCUGGAGCAGCUCGUCCCCAUUUCCGACGAUACGGAGAUUCCAUCCAAUACCCUUGUCAUAAAUCUGCUGCCUCCGGGUCGAUCCUUCUAUCUGCCGUCUAAUCUCCAGCGAGAGCGUUUACACGCCAAGUCUUCCUCCGUCGACGCUGGGUAUGCAUCUGACCCCGAAUCCGCUGCGAGGAAAAGUACCGAACUCGCGCCUGAUACGACACCGGAAAGCCUCGCGGUCGACGUGAAAGCCUUGAGCAGACGACGACUGAGGCGCGGGAACGAAGAUCAGGCCUUGGCCAAGACCGCCAACUGGCAGGAUCUAUUCAAACUGGUGACAUUGCAAGCUUGCAUCGUAGACAAUGAGACUUCUUCGAACGAUGUCAUCCGCGAAACAGACAAGAUUCUGGAAUCUGAUCAGCUAUGGGUCCUUAAACGACAAAUAUCUGAACGCGAGUCAAUUGUUCAGGGGAUGAGGAAAAGCUGUGCUGCGGUCUAUGAUGAAUCUGAAAUUUUGAAAGAGAAGAUUGAGAUGCGCCGACAGCAGAUCCAGGAAAGAAGGGAAAUGCUUGCGAUGGCGCAUGAAAUCACGCAAGCCGAUAUGUCGUUGUCUUGUGGGGAAGACGAGGAGGUCGCCGCUGCCCGUUCCGAGCUCGUCACAUUGCGAAGCAGAUUUACCCCGACCCGUACCACGCUCAUAUCCACGUUGGCGAGCAUCUUCCCCAUCGACAUUCUCUCGCCUCCUGAUCUUCUCUUCACGAUUCUUGGAGUGCCCCUUCCCAUUCCGCUCUCCGCGUCUGACCCUGGCCCGCCUCUAUCUCUGCCGUCCCACAAAGAUGUCACAGAAGACGCUGUUGCGACUGCCCUGGGUUACGUUGCCCAGGUCGUGCAAUUACUCGCCGCCUACCUAGGCAAAGGCCUAGUCUACCCCGUCACGUGCAUAGGAAGUCGCAGCAUGAUCCGGGAUGGCAUCUCGGCUAUGGUCGGUCCGCGGAUGUUCCCACUCUUCUCCCGAGGCGUUGACACAUAUCGUUUUGAAUAUGGUGUCUUCCUUCUGAACAAAGAUAUCGAACUACUGAUGGCGGACAAGGAUCUGCGGGCUCUGGAUAUGCGACAGACGCUACCGAACCUGAAAAAUCUUCUGCUGACACUCACUGAUGGCGAGGGCGCGCCCCUUGUAAAUGGGUCCAGGUCUUUCGACUCGCCAGAGCUCUCGAUUACGGGACUCGAGUCUCCCAGGCCGGGAUCGCCAGCCGAAGUGACAACCCCGAAGGCGGAUAACUCAGAGCUUCCUCCGACCGACAGAGACACGCCACCUGCUAGUGGAUCAACCACCCCGACGACAGUCGAAACGACUAAAAAAAGCCGGUUCAUGGGCCUGUCGCCCAUUGCAGGUUUUCUUCGAGCACGCUAUCCCUCUGCUAUUCGUGUCACGCGGCCGGAGUCGGAGUCGGCCGCCGAACCCGCCGAAGAGGAGUCCUCGCCGGCCGACGAUGAUGCAGACAGCCGCACGCUCCAUGGCGCUCCUGCCCCCGACGAGCAGCCGGAUCCGGGCCGAGCGUCGGAGAAGUCGGACGAUGUCAGCUCUGCCGUCGCUAAUCUUUCGGUUGCUCCUGUCCAGUGACACAUAUCUUCUGUUUCUAUGCAAAGUCUCUGCGUCUAUUCUUUCUCCCCGUUCAACAAAUCCGCGAAGGAAGCGGCACACGGCACACGCUAUCACGGGGAGCGAGGGAACAUAUGCCGCCCGGAAAAUUCGCUUUCGAUGCGAAUCGGCAACCCGUUUCUUCUUUCCGUGGAAUCAGUAUCUCAAACGAGAAAUGACGAAGACUCGUUGAGACUAGAGGCUAGAGCUUAUUCGCUGUGACGACCAGAAUUGAUCUGCGUGAUCUGAUGGUGGAACUGUCGCGCGCAAGGGAUGAAUAAGGCAAUUUGAGACAUGGGGGGCACAAGAAAGUAGUCGAGGGAGAAAGCAAGACAGUGAAAUAAUGACCCUUGAUCCCCACGCCCACGGCUAAUCGAGAGAGGGGAUGUUAACGAAAUGUGAUGUGUGAAGAGUGUGAAUAUGUAAUUCUAGCCAAACAGAGCCCAUCACAGGUGCAUCGCCGCGCUAAAUCGCAGGUGACGACCGUUUAUUCCCUACCACUGUCUCCCGUUUCUCGUCCAGAAACCGGGACAUUCAAAAGGCCCUCUGCCGCAUUGUACCACCAGACCCAGUAGACGGGUUCAAAAUCAGCUUCAAGCGUCCUUGUGCAACUAGGUUUCCUCUUUCUUCCCCCCUUCGCUUUGUUCUCUAUCCUUCCUUGUCCCGGCCUACGCUCCGACACUCUUCGUCUUUCAAAAUGAAUCCCGCUCUCGAAAACUCUACCAAUACAUCUACCGAUAAUAGCCCUUCCGCGGACGACAGGAUGCAAAGUCCUCCUGCAUUCCUGGACCUCGCAGACUCUGUACGUCGCAUCUCAUCCACCGUGUGCACGCCAUCUUAUCUUCUUGGCAGGCCGGGAGGUUGGGUGUUAAUAUGUCCGCUGUGCGUGUUCUUCGCUCUUUCUCCCCCAACUCUUCAGUUCUCUUACGAUGCCAGCAGCGCGUCGAAGCGAAGCGGCUCGAACACGAACGUCAACGUCUUAUCCAGCGCAAGCUCUUCGAAGAUCAGAUGCGUGCCCUGGAGCACCAACAGGCUCAGGAGUUGCUGAGUUUGCCACUCGACGGCUCCGGUGUGCAGCACCUGGCGGUCUCGGCCCCGACCACUCCUCCCCGCAUCAACACUGCUCUCAACGGCGCGGACGCACACGUCGGGGGCCAGCGUCGCUCGCAGCACUUUGACGCGGACACCUUGUCGAAGGCUGUCGGCACCACCGUCGCGGACAAGCGCAAGUCAGUCACCUAUGCGCCGUCGGCGACUCUUUCGCCCGACUUGGCGGAGAACGUGAAUGGUAACUUCGCCCGGUCCGCUGGGGCCAAGAGCAUGCCAGCCAGUCGCCGCACCUCUGCCAGCGAGCAUGACGAGGAGCUUGCGAGUCAUCUACAGGGUCUUUCGAUGGUCGGCGAAAGGACUUCCCCUGGUCCGGCUGGCAUGCCGGCCUCGAUCCUCAGCCGUGGGCCAUCCCGCUACGGUAAUGACGAGGGCGCGCGCUAUGCCAGCACGUACAAUGCUGGUAUGAUGUUGGACGAACAACUCGACCAGGAGAUGCACAACGCCAUGCGCAAUCUUCCCACCUCGGACGACGACAAGUAUGCUUCACCGUAUCCGGGCAAGAUCUCCACGUCAUCUGCCGCUCUCGAUCUGGCGCACAUCUCGCAGACUUCGCCUCGUUCUUCUUUCGCUCCUCGCAGCGGCGAGCCUCGCGAGAAGUCAUCUGAAUGGCCCCAGUUCGCCGGGGGAGCGCGGGUGCCUGCGCCCGACGGGGCCCUUCGAUCAGAUCGUCGCACUGUGACCAAUCCCAAUUUGGUGCUGACAUCUGGCGAUCCCUCCGGCGCUAAAUUGACGGUGGCGUCCGCAUCAGCUACACCCUUGGUGCCUCAGCUCACCCAGCUUGGCACGCCGGUGUUGGGUCAGCUUCCUUCAUCGCGUCGGGGAUCUCCGCCCGGUCUGUUGGACGGCCUGGGCGCGACGACGCGUUCGGUUCCGGCGACGCCGUUGGGCAUUUCGAGCAGCGCGGUGCACAUUUUGAAGACCCCGGGCACACCGGGCGAGUCGCCGGCCCUCAACGGACGUCUGUCCGCGGUCGGCGAAAGCGCUGUCAACGCAAGUGAUCUGCAAGCCUCGCUGUCACGCAUCCCGACUUCUCAGUACGAGAAUGGGUCGCUUACGUUCAACUCCAUUCAAUCUGGGUUGGACGAUUCGCUUCAGUAUGGCAACGGGAUUGACUCCGUGUACGGCUUGGACAGCAGCUAUGGCUCGUACGGAUACGAGUCCGGACGGACCGGAGCGACGACCAACGGAACCACGGGCUCCACCGCGUUGUACCAUCACAACGGCUCUCGUUAUGGAUUGGGGCUCGCUCCUCGCAACGGCGACAGCAAGAUGAAUGGGCUUCAUGGACCGAAGCACAAAAGGGGUGACAUGGACCGUGAAUUCAAUCGCUUCGCCGGUACCCGCUUGGAGGAUCUUCAGGGAGAAAUCCCCGCACUCUGCAAGGACCAACACGGCUGUCGCUACUUGCAGAAGAAGUUGGAGGAGGGCUCUGCUGAGCACCGGGACAUGAUAUUCCGCGAAACCUACGGACACUUUGCGGACUUGAUGACUGACCCUUUUGGCAACUACCUUUGCCAGAAGCUGUUGGAGUACUCGACCGACGAGCAACGUGGCGUUAUCUGUGACUCGGUUGCGCAGGACCUGGUUAACAUCUCAUUGAACAUGCACGGGACGCGUGCGGUGCAGAAGAUGAUCGACUUUUUGUCAAGUCGCCGCCAGACCGAUUCCCGGUACAACGCACAAAUCCAUUCGAUCAUCGUCGCUCUCAGUCUGCAUGUGGUGGUGCUCAUCAAGGACCUCAACGGGAACCAUGUCAUUCAGAAGUGCUUGAACAAGCUCACGCCAGAGGAUAACCAGUUCAUCUACAACGCUGUCGCUGCCAAUUGCGUCGAAGUGGCCACCCAUAGACACGGCUGCUGCGUUCUUCAACGCUGCAUCGACCACGCAUCGGACCAACAACGCAUCCAGCUUGUGAACGAGAUCACUUUCCACGCGUUGACGCUGGUGCAAGACCCGUAUGGAAACUAUGUCGUGCAAUACAUCUUAGAUCUGAACGACAACCGGUUCAGUGACGGUGUCAUUCGUCAGUUUGCGGGCAACGUGUGUGCCUUGUCGGUGCAAAAGUUCAGCUCCAACGUGAUCGAGAAGUGUGUGCGGGUAGCGGAGCACAGCACCCGGAAGUUGCUUAUCGAGGAGCUGCUGAAUCGCACUCGGCUGGAGAAGUUGUUGCGAGAUUCGUAUGGCAACUACUGUGUCCAGACCGCUUUGGACUACGCCGAGCCCAGUCAACGGGCGCUGUUGGUUGAGGGGAUCCGUCCUGUCCUUCCCUUGAUUAGAAACACACCUUACGGCAAACGCAUCCAGAACAAGUUGCAGCGUGAGCAAAUGGAGCACUACGGUGGCGGAUACCAGCACCCCCAGUCCCUGGUCGGCAAUCACUUGUCGCAGGGUAUCGUUCCUCCUGCGCGGCACCUGUCCUCUGGUCUGCACUCGAAUGGCCUCAACGACAUGUACGGCAGCCAAGGUCUCGGUGGGCAGGCUCUCUACGGCCAGACGUCGUUUGGCCAAACGCACAUGGCUCCGACUCACCACGGACUGGGACAGUCUAUCGAUGGCUACGUUCUCCAAGGCACCUCCUCGCAUCUCGGCCUCAACUCGUCUCACGGUGGGCUGUCGGCCGCUCCGUUCGGCGGCCUGAGUCCCUUUGGAAACGCCGGACUGACGAGUGCUAUCGCUGAUCCGUACCAGCGGUCCUUUGCCUACGGAAUGUAAAACAAGACGAACGACGAACGCCGACCACUCUUUCCUCCGAACUACUCUAUAUCAUCGACCGAUACCUCGAUCUACCUUAGCGCCAUCUUUUUGAAUUGCUGUUCUCAUCGCUCUCGUAUUCACACCCUCCAGCAGUGCCUUGCUCGCCUGCUCUGUAUCCUUUUCGACCCUCCCCGGCAUUUUUCCAGACUAUAUCUUCUCCGACCACCAUCGCACGUUGUACAAUCGCACGGUGUCUGUUUAAUAGUCUCGCUCCUCAUGCAUUCCUGUAGUUAAAUCCAUCCCGCUGUAUAAACUUCGUUAAUUAGAUUGCAACCGGAUAUUAUAUCACUAUUUUCUGCCUGUGGCCUUUAUAUCCCAGCGUGAUCUUUAGUCAGUUAUCAUAUUGUGGUGAAGUGUCUCCAACCCUAGGAUUUGAGGGAGAGGUAUGGCGUCGUUAAGUUGGAAUGACCAGAGACUAACUGCUGGGAGAGAAAAGAAAAUGCAUAGCAUGCUUCAUCGUAUCAUACUGAGUUGCAUACAGGACCGCAAGUGGUGCUAGCUAGAGUC